CCUUUUUCUGUUUUUCAUCUGUCGUAUUUACUUUAUGUCCUUGUAUUGCUUUCUUAUGAAUCAACGGGGCUGGCAUGUUCUUAGGAUAAAAGCCCCUUAAAUAAAAGAUAAAAAAAAACUUUAUGUCCUGUAGGUGGUUAGGGCUCCAGAGACAGAAACCUCACAUUGCUUUGCUGUUUCCAGAAUAGCUGCCUUCUACUUACUUUUAUGUUUAUUUUAAGUAUCAUAGUGCUAGUUACGAUGAGAUAGUCAUGCAUUGUUUAUAAAAUUCCAUAUAUAAAUAUGUCAGCCAAAUAUCCCAUUUGGACCGCUUUUUUAAUACUAAGGUGGUCACAAAAUAAACUUUUAAGGUAUUGUUCUUCUGUGCUCCGUCAUAAUAUUUAUAACGUACAAUAUACACAUUAUACGUAUAAUCAGGUAUACGCUGUAUCUUAAGCUGAAUCAGAAGCUCUUUCACACGAUGGCAGAGGCUACUGAUGCCGUCGACACGUAUUUAAGGCUGUCUUCGACUGAGUAUUCUCUGAUAGUAUAUGACUCUUAUACUAUCUGAGCCCACGACGGCUACCGCUGAUUUUUGUAGUUGAGAUUUUCUGUGUAAGAGUUCUAAGAUAUCCAUGAACUGACGAUAGAUUCCCCUAUACAUACUAUUCUCUUUGCAGGACGCUUAUAGAUCAGUGGUGUGCACAGGUUUUCAAGACAGGAUAGGCUACGUAUUAGAAUAAUAACUACUCACCUAUAUGCUGUUACUGAGAACUUGCGCGACACCCAAUCUAGUAUUUAAAUAAAACCUCUUUCAGCUUGUCAAUAGAAUAGUACGUAACUUUUAGAGUAAUAUCACAUUAAGUGACAUAUUGUCUCCUGUCAGCUCCGCUGUCAUUAUUGGCGUAACCGACACAAAGACAAAGAAUAUAAGUAUAGGGUAACCGACAUUACGUUUGACCAAAGUGUAAUUUAUCGUGGACCUUACAAUAGUAGUAAGAGUGUCGUUAGUGAGACAGUUACAGCCUUAGCUUCCAAGAUGCCGCACAAACACGGGCGCCGGUCCAGCACGACCUCCCUGCGGAGCGGCCGGCGCGCCAGCAUGAUCGCACACAGCAAUGUCGAGCUCUCCGAGAUAUCCCUCCUAAAGGAAGAGACUUGCACAGGAGAUCACUACCUCACACCGGAACAAUUGGAAAAUAUAUAUCGCACUAACGUGGUCACUGGACUGUCGGAGAGUUUCGCUGCAGAGCUCUUGGAACGCUAUGGCCCCAACGAGCUGAGGGAACUUCACGGCACUAGUUACUGGUCAUUAUUUCGCACCAAUUUAUUUGGAUGGUUCCAGUGUGUACUCUGGGUUGCGGCAAUUGUGAAUUUCAUUGGGUACUUCUUGUCCAGAAAUGCACACAAAGAUGAUGAAGAUGAUUCGGCUGAAGCCCAUUCUGCAAAAGAAUAUCUUUACUUGGGAUCAGUGAUCACAGCCACGAUUGUUGGAACUGGUCUCUUUGGAUUUUAUCAAGAAGCAAAGAAUGCUGCAGUUAUGAGUGGUUUCGAGAAGCUAGUGCCACCCAAUGCUGUUGUCAUUCGAGAAGGAGUUAAAAGAACCGUCCCCAACAUUGAUCUGGUGAUUGGUGACAUCGUAGAAAUGAGCGGAGGAGACAUAGUGCCAGCCGAUGUGAGAAUACUUACUUGUACUAAUUUCAACACGGACAUGUCUUCCUUGACCGGAGAAUCAGAGCCAAUAAAACACAGGCCAGAAUGUACUCACUCUAAUCCUAUGGAGUCUAAAAAUAUGGCGUAUUUUGGAUGUCCUAUUACUGAAGGAUUUGCUAAAGCUAUUGUUAUUGCUACUGGAGAAAUGACUCAAAUAGGAAAAAUAGCUGGACUUGUAACCGGUUUGACAAAAGAAGAAACACCUAUUGCAAAAGAAAUCACACAUUUUAUUAAGCUUUUGUGCGGCGUAGCGUUUGCUUUCGGUAUAAUGUUCUUUUUUAUGGUAUAUUUUAUACAGAACAGUGUGUUAUCUGCGCUUCAAUAUAUGCUGGGGAUCAUACUAGCUAAUGUACCCGAGGGAUUGAUUGUAACUUUGACCGUCUGCAUGACACUUUCUGCCAAAUCUCUGAAGAAAAAGAACUGCCUGGCUAAAACAUUACAAGCUGUAGAAACCUUGGGGUCUACUUCAUGUAUUUGUUCUGACAAAACUGGUACUUUAACUGAGAAUCAAAUGAACGUGUCACAUUUAUUCGCCAAUUUCAAAAUAAUUGAUAAAGAUGACCAUCAUGAUGUCACAAACACUUCAUAUGCGACGUUAUGUUUAGCAGCUUGUCUUAAUUUAAAAGCUACAUUUGCUUUUGAUUCGAUGCACUUGCCAAUUGAUAAACGAAAAAUUUUGGGCGACGCUUCCGAAGCCGCAAUAUUACGGUAUAUGGAAGCAAACCGCUCAGCUACACAAGUUCGAGAAGAAAAUCCUAAAGUUGGAGAAAUUCCAUUCAGUUCAGCUUACAAAUAUCAAGUAACAAUUCACCGCAUGGCGAACACAGACAGACACUACUUAAUAAUGAAAGGUGCACCCGAAAUCGUCGUAGAAUACUGUGCACAGGUUCACACUGAUGACGGCAUACAGAAUCUCACUCCACAGUUGAAAAAAGAAUUAAAAGCUAAUUUUAUCAAGAUUGCAAAUAUGGGCGAACGUGUUAUCGGAUAUUGCGAUCUCAAAUUACCUGUAGAAGAUUAUCCAGUGGGUUACAAAUUCGAUGCACAGGCACGUAAUUUUCCUUUGGAGGAUCUUAUUUUUCUUGGAGCAGUAUCAAUGAUAGAUCCCCCAAGGCAAAAUAUUGACAAAUAUAUUGGUUUGUGUCGAUCGGCUGGAAUUAAAGUAAUAAUGGUAACUGGGGACCAUCCUGUGACUGCACUGGCUAUUUCUCGCAGGUGUGGCACCAUCUCAAUGCCGACGGCGUAUGACUAUGCGUUCGAGCAUCACAUAGACCUGGCUGAUGUACCGCCGCACAUCAAAAGCCAGUUUAAAGCAGCAGUUGUGACUGGAGACGACCUUCGUAAAAUGAGCGUUAAUGAUUUGAAAGCAGUGCAAACAAGGUACAAAGAGAUUACAUUUGCGAGGACCAGUCCUCAGCAAAAGUUGUUUAUAGUUGAGACGUAUCAGCUGCUAGGUUAUGUAGUGGCUGUGACCGGAGAUGGUGUCAACGAUUCUCCAGCUUUGAAGAAAGCAGAUAUCGGCAUCGCAAUGGGUAUUAACGGUACCGAAGUCUCGAAAAAGGCUGCGGAUAUGAUUCUGUUGGACGAUAACUUCGCGUCUAUCGUGUUGGGUGUGCAAGAAGGUAGGCGAAUCUUUGACAAUUUAAAAAAAACUAUUGCGUAUACGCUAACCUCUAACGCAGCUGAGAUGGCACCUUUUGUAUUGUAUGCGUGUUUGGGAAUGCCAUUGCCUAUAACUCUCAUGUUGAUUAUAGUCAUAAAUGUUGGAACCGAUCUUCUGCCUGCCAUGAGUUUAGCAUAUGAAGAUUCUGAGGAAGAUAUCAUGUCUAUUCCACCUCGCAAACCUACUGAUCACCUCGUAAGUGGGGUUUUAUUAUUCAUGGCAUAUUUUCAAGUAGGACUUAUUCAAUUCUUUUCGGCAAUGUACGCCUACUUUAUAAUUUAUGCUCAGGACGGAUUCUUCCCGUCUAGUUUAUUGUUCGUACGCACUGACUGGGAGAACACAAGAACUUUAGUAAAAGAUACUUUAGGUCGCGAAUGGAAUUACAGAGAUAGGAAAAGGCUUGAGAGGAAAGCGCAAACGGCUUAUUUCGUAGCAGUUGCCUGGACGCAGAUAUCGGAUGUGAUUAUUUGUAAGACUAGACGAAUCUCAAUUAUUAAGAAAGGCAUGAGAAACCAUGUACUUAAUGCCAGUAUCGCUGUAGACUUAAUAGGAGCACUUUUGGUUUCAUACUGGCCGGUGUGCCAUGAACUGUUUAGCACCGAGCCUUUGUCUUGGUGGGACUUCUUUCUAGCGAUCCCUUUCGCUAUUCUCAUGAUAAUCAUGGAUGAGACUAGGCGUUAUUUGAUAAGGAAUAGCAUUAAUAAGUGGGUUGAAAACGAGACAUAUUAUUAACUUACUAAAAUUGAGAAGAUAUUUGAUGUUCUAAGAGAAGUGACAUGGCUUGCUUCUAACGUUUUCUCAUUUAAAUUUACCCUUUCAUGGAUUUAAAAAGAUACAUAGGUAACAAUGUUGCUAUUCUAUGUGCACCUUUCACAUGAGUAGGAGUAUGUUUCUUGGGAUCUCCUUCUUAGAGCUAUAAGAAACUGUAACCUCCCUUUGGAUCAUGGGAGCUCUCACGAUUGGCGUGGUCCCAAACAUCUUGCUUUUACAAUUUUAGUUAUUUUAGGAUAUUUCCCUUAGCGUGCAAUUUUUUAUUAGAUAAUUAUUAAAUCUUGAGCGUAGUUUUUAGAGCGCUAACGUUGUAUAUAUAGAUAUUAAUUAACGUAGCUCUAGCUUCUUUGUCUAAUGAUAGUACCUAUUAAGUGUCUCCCGGGGUAGGUAAUUAUUCAUCUUCAGUAGGUACCAAAGCCCGCGAAAACGAGACCGCAACGGGUCACAAAGGAGGAGUUUGCCAUUAUCUCCACAGUUGGCAAGUGGAUUGGAGAUCGCGAUUUAAGAGGACGAUGUUUGCCAAAGCAUGCACAAACAGACAAUUUCGAAAUAUUUUAGGACUCGGAAUUAUAUGAGAGUCGACUGUAUACCUAUUCUAUUCUGCUGUCUAGUAAUAAAUAAAGGGUAGUAGCAAUGUCUUUGCAAAACUACGGUUGUUCUAAUCUAAUCUAAUCUAAUCAUAUUGAAUCAUAUACUUAGACAUAUGUUGGCAAAAGGGCGCGGUUAUGUAUGAAUUUUAAACUGGCUUGCACAUGUCUGAUAUAUGUACCGGAAUACUUGUGGCCGAGUGUGACCUACAUUACGCCAAAUUACAUUUCUGUGUGCUGUUGCCGUUUCAUACCUAUGCUACCUUUACGGCUUAGGAGUCAGGUUGUAGCCUUACUGCUAGCUAGAGAUUUACGCUACUAUAUUUUGAUUUUGAAAAUUAUUUCUUUUUGAGAUAUUAUUCCUACAUUGUUAACGGGUAAUAAUGUGCCUAUCUGGUAAACAAAACAUACUACAGCAACGUAUGCUAUUAACUAAAAAUGCGGUGACGUGUGCGCACGCUAUUCAUGGUGAAGAGUUCCUUUUGUGACUCGAAACCAGUCGAGGAUUUCUCUAUUAAUGAAAUGUGAGUAAAACGUGAUUUUUAGUUAAUUUAGUAUGUCUCACGGUAGUUAUUGUAAAAAAAAAACUAUGGUAUUAUGCAAAAAUCAAGGAAAAUCAUGUAGGUAUCUAUACGCAAGACUCGUUCUCCAAGUCAUUGAAACCAAACUGAUCUUUAAAAUUUGCGUAAUUUAUUACUUUUUUUAUACUUUUUUUGGAAUUUACGUAGUUACAACAGCUAUGUAGCUUCGUGAAAAAAUCAUAUCAAUACUUGCAAUUAUGUAUCUUAGUAUUUCAAAGGAAUUUUAAUAUAAUUUGUCUUUUCUUGUUUUUUUUUCAGUGUGUGAGGGUGUAAACGUAGGUUGAGUUUUACUUUUAAUUAAUUUAAUUCUAUUAUAUUUUAGAGAACAGAUGUAUACGCAUACUAUGUUCUAAAUAAAUGUUACUUAUAUCGUAAAUUGUUUUCUUUUUGCUCUGUCUCUAAAUUGUAGAACAGUGUGUAACUGUAAAUCUUGAAGAAUGCAUUGGUGGAAGAUUGCAGUAAAGUUGCUACUUCCUUUUUUAAUACAAGUAAAGUAAAAGUAAAGUAAGGUAUAAGUCGGUAAACGUGCAAAUAGAUCACCUGGUGGUAAGCAAUCGCCACUGUCUGUGGACACCCGAAACACCAGAGGCGUUACAAGUGAGUUGCCGGCCUUUUGGGGGUAAGGAAUGUAAGGGUUGUUGGGGAACCGGGGAUUGAAAAGAUUGGGAACCCCCUUCCUUAAUUGGGCCUCUGGUAUCCUCAUUCACACAACGCAAAGCGUUGCGUUGUUUCACGUUGGUUUUCUAUGAGGCCGUGGUGUCACUCCGGUCAAGCCGGCCCAUUCGUGCCGAAGCACGGCUCUCCCACAAUUCAAAGUGUGUCUUUUCUUUACAUAGAUGAUUUAAAAUGCGACUGAUAUCCUUAAAGACUCAGAUUUAAUUAAAAAUUCUCAGUAGAACUUAUAUUAACGCUAGAAGUGGGACCACACACAUAUCAUACCGACUUUAUUCUUUGUUUAAAACCACAAAUAGCUCGCUAAACGACAUUAUUUGCUCGAAUGCGGCUUGACAUUGUUAUUGGUCAGUUAUCUAGGUCUUAAUCGUUAUGUCAUUGGCUCUAGGUCCGUCAGGAUUAUU